CUCCCAACACGCUAUUUUCACACUUCUCAAUCACCAUGGCCGAUCAGCAAGGCAAGACGCUCGUCGUCGUCACGGGUGCGUCCCGCGGCCUCGGCAAAGCCAUUGUCGUGGAAAUAGCCAAGGCGCUCAGCAACUCUCCGGCACACAAGAAGACGCACUUUCUGCUCAUCGGACGGGUAAGUCAGCCAACAACAGACAGAUCCGGCACUGGCUGAAUGCAAACACGAGGAAUGUGCCUCAUCUGCGCGUGUGUGUGUGUUGUUUGUGUGUGGCUGCAGGACACAGAUGGGAUGGAGCAGACGUGGCAGGAGGCGCAGGACGGCAUUGCAGAAGACGCACAACUGACGGUGGCCAUCCACAGGUAACAGAUAGACAGACAGACAGACAGACAUCAGGCCACCUGCUCUCACUCUCUCUCUCUCUCUCUGUGUGUGUGUGUGUGUGUGCAGGUGUGACUUGGCUGGCCCGUUGGAGGACGUCGGCAGGGCUUUCGACGCCAUCCUCUCGUCCGAGUGGGCAGUAUCAGGCCCCUUCCACCAAGUGUAAGGCGCCCACUCUCUCUCUCUCCAACCGACGGCAACCAAAGAGAGCGCACCUGUCCACUGUUGUCCUCUUACCAUGCAGGUACUUCAUCCACAACUCGGCCAACACGGGCCCUCUCGACAGCAUCCGCGACAUCUCUCCGGCCGAGAUCCGCACCAACCUGCUCUUCAACAUCGGCUCGCCCUUCCUCCUCACCAGCCGGCUGCUGCGGUUCGUCGCACCGAAUGACGGCGCCGCCCCGCCACGCGCCAAGAGGCUGCGGAUCGUCAACAUCAGCUCCCUCGCAGCCAAGGUUGCGAUUCCCGCAUUUGGUCUGUACUGCAUGGGCAAGGCGGCGAGGGACAUGCUGAUGCUCCAGGUGGCCGCUGAGGAGAAGGGCACCACGGAAUGCGAUGUCAAGACACUCAGCUAUGCGCCAGGUGGGCGCGUGAAUGCUUGUGCAGAUGGGGGACAGACAGAUGUAGACCACUGUGUGUGUGGUGUGAUUGGUGUGUGCAGGUCCGAUGCGGACGGCCAUGACUGAGCCUAUGUUUGAGGGCAAGUGUGCGUCAGAGUCGAUGAUCCAGUCCUUCAGGGACAUGGAGAAAAACAACACGCUCGUCGACCCAUGUAGGUGCGCCCCCCUCCCCUAACACACACCCAAUCUCACUCUGUGUGUGUGUGUGUAGAUGUGAGUUCCCGCAAGAUGGUGAGGCUGCUGCUGGAGGACAAGUACGAGGCGGGCGCCCACAUCGAUGUCUUUGACGAAGACACCGAGACAAAUUCACAGACGCCAUCAAACUGACUGAUCAAUACAAACACACACACGUGCUGAUGCCUUGUGUGUGUUUUCGGAUGGACGAGAGUUUCUUUCUCCGACAGCUCAUUUGCCUGCUGUCUAGGUACCUUGCGGCUUGUGCUGAGGCAAGUCGUUUGGUUCCUGUGCAGUGGGGUGGUCGAGUGGCUGCUGGAGGAGGGAACUCUCCAUCCGGUCGAUUGCACUCAUGGAUGUACAUGUUGCUGUACAGCAGAUGGAUUAAUGGAUGCGUGUGAAGAGGUG